AUGUCAAUCAAUUAUCAAGACUUGACACUCGCUCUUCAGAUCUACACAGUAGUAUUAUGUCUCAUAGGCCUUUUCGGCAACGCAAAUUUGAUUAUAGCCACAUGUCGUCAUAAAACUCUUCGUACAAAAAUGGGAUGUCUUAUAAUGAUCUCAACCAUCGCUCAUACAAUAUGCUUGCUUUCAGAAUUGAUAUGUGUGAAACUAAAACUACGAUUCACCCAAACUCAUCGUGACGAAUGCUUCCGUUCAGUUGUUGUUUAUAUGUUUGCAGUUCUAUUUCAGUCAACUCUUUUCCUAAUGAUGGCAAUAGAUUUGUUUCUAGCUGUAAUUAUGCCCAUAAGACACAAACUCUGGCGUCGUGGUCCUUACUUGUUCGUUCUUUGCAUUCCCCCUCUUCUGUUUUCAUGUUUUGCUUUAUUCAUUGAAGAAAUCUACAUCAACCACGACGAUCUUCUUAUUUGCACUGUGACACUUGCCGCCCCGCCAACGGUCCGUUUCUGGGGAACACUUGUUACAUUCUCCACAAUUUUCCUGGCUGUCACCCUGAUUUUUAUAACAGCCUUCAAAGUCCAUGCGAAUGAACGAGAAUCUGCUCGACGUAUUCUAAGACAUUCCAACAGUAUAACAAGUAACACUAAAUGUUCGGAUGCAAAACUUCUCAAAUCGUUAUCAACGCUCAUGUUUGUAUUCAUCUGCUCAUGGAGUUUGUCCAUUUUGCUCUCUCACGUUUCCUUGUACUUCACAAAGUCUAUAGCCUAUGAAAUUCAAAAGUAUAAUAUCCUUCUAUCUCUUCCAACAUUUUGUCAAAACUUCUUUGUCACCGGUCUUCGAUCUCCUCGAUAUGCAAAAGCUUAUGCUGAGCAACUUUCGUUUCUUCCAUUUGUCAGCCAACGUGAUCUUCUUGGCUUCCAGGAUUCACCAACUUCGAGGACAGUGAGCAGCAACUUCGAGGACGGCGGAGGACAGCUUCCAGGACAGCUUCCAACGUUGGACCAAUAUAGGAGGAGCAAAAUGGAAGAAAAGGUGAGGAAACAUGCAUUGGUAAAGUUUCAAAACGUUUUCCUUUUCCAGUUCCGUUUUCCUGGUUGUCCGUCCAGGAUGCACCAACUUGAACCAACUGGAAUGAAAGACUUCGAGUACAGCUUCAAGGGGGCUGUGUGA